CCAAUUAGCUAUCAUAUGCCCUCCCUUCCCGACAAUAAGAAAUUUGUUGAAGACCGUGUGGCAGUGGGGUUCAAGCACUUUCACAACGGCGGAGUUGUUUCUAGGCUCAUCUUUGCGGCGUGAACAAUGGUUGGCACCGACGACGUGUUCCAGAAAUUCGGCCCAUGGCACUACUCAGUGAUGGCAUUCUGCUUCUUGCGGGGAUUUCCCGCCGCCUACCACGCCAUGGCGCCAACGUUCACCGCGCCACACCUGAAGCACUGGUGUGCGAAACCUUGGCAGCUGGCAAACUGGUCUACCGAACGGUGGCUGGAAGAGGGAAUGCCCUGGGAGGAGCCAACAAAAAACAGAAAUGGCGCCCAGCCGUGUUGAGUGCAUUGGGCGCACGAGCAGACAAGACUAAAAAAGCAGGUCUACCUCUUCCAGGAAAAGGUUUACUGCAACCAAGCCAGUGUGAGAUGUACGUCUACGAAGAAUCUCCGGACGGUUCACUCACAAUCUUCAACGACAGUCGAGUGAAAUGCUCGACCUGGGAGUACGACCUCGGUGACCAAACAUACACUCUUACGAACACGUUUGAUCUGGUUUGUGACCGCGUCUGGCUGCGGGCAGCCUCUCAAAGCAUUUACAUGUUGGGAAUCAUGAUUGGAAAUACUGUCUUCGCCCAUUUAUCUGACUGGUACGGCCGCAGGCAGUCAUUGGUCUUCAUGAUGCCCUUGCCCAUCAUUGCCGGUGUUCUGACAACGUUUGCUCCAUCUUUCUGGCUGUACAACAUUGGCCGUCUCAUUGCGUCCAUUGGCGUCGGCGGCAUCCAGAAUACUUCAUUUACCAUGGCUAUGGAGGUGCUGUCAACCCGUAACCGAGCUUUGGGUGUGCUGUUCGUCAGCGGUGGAUGGACUACCGGCCUUGUCACCCUGACUGGAAUCGCGUGGCUCAUAAGGGACUGGCAGCACCUGCAGAUCGUCAUAUCACUUGUCUAUUUGGGCAACUUCUUCAUCUGGCUAUUCAUGCCGGAGUCUCCGCUGUGGCUUCUAGCUACGAAGCACUACAAAAAAGCGGAGAAGAUUCUCAAACGGGCUAUCACUAUGAACAAAGUGACCGACGUUGAUGUCAACGAAAUUAUAAAAUCUUACGAGGACAAGAUGGAGAGGGAGCGGUCACUGAAGAAGCCCACUUUUGGAGCUCUGUUUCGAUACCGCUGCAUACGAAGGACGUCGAUUAUCCUGUCUUUCAAAUCAAUGUUUUCGACGCUGCUCUACUACAACCUGACCUAUACCAGCAUCCUCUUAGGCAGCAAUCCAUACCUGAGCUUCUUGGUGAUGGCCUGCAUGGAGUAUCCCCAGAAGUUCAUAGCCAUCGUAUUCAUCAACUACAUGAAGCGACGAACUGCCUACAUGUUCCUUUACACCUCCGCCGCCUUGUGCUCACUCAUCGUCAUCUUCGUGCCAUCAGACAUCUGGUGGCUGCAGCUCUUGUUUACGCUCAUGACGAAGCUCUUCAACUCCUGCGCCGGUUCCGUGAACACUGUCCAGAUAUCAGAAAUGUACCCAACCCAGAUGAGGACACUGGCCAUGGGUUGGACAGUGACCACCAGCCGAGUGGGCGCCAUUGUGGCUCCAUUUACGAAAGAGUUGGCUGUGGUAAUAGGUCCUUGGGCUCCAAAAGCAGUGGACUGCGUCAUCUGCGUGCUGUCUGUGUUGCUGGCCCUUAUGCUACCGGAAACUUUCAAGAUGACGCUUCCCGACACUGUGGGUGACGUCAAGAGAAGAGGCAUAAAGAACGACACAACAAUGGAGUCGGCUGAUUUGGACAAGCUGAACGAAGAAUUUCCAUGCAUGAAAACUACUGAAGAGGUGGAGCCCGUUGAAAAAGUGUCAGUGAAGGGUGAACGAAGGUCGUGAUUUUAGGCAACUCUGGUAUGUUUGAGGAGUUGUUACGGGUAAAUCUUACGAUUGGCGCGAAAAGCUAAGAGUAAGUAGCAGAUAAACCACACCUUCUGGGCACGUAUUUCUUGCAGAAAUUAUGAUUGCGAACAAAGGGGAGUUGCACCUACUUGCGGUUGAAGACGUGUCUAAAGCAUCACACAGCUGUCGAAUAAACCUUACGUUUACAGGUUUAAUUGAGAUUACAUUCUUGUUUAUUCCGCUGAUAUUUUCGUAAGGCAUACUGCGGUCCUUAUCUGUGUGUAGAUGAUUGCACUCUUCUGCACUGCUUAGACCUGCCGGCUUCUUGCCGAGACCGUCCUUUUAGGUGCAAAACACGUUAUGCGCCCGGGCUGUCGGCAUCUCCUGUCGUCGUCGUAGUCACGGUAAUCAAGCGGCUCGUUUUCGCGCUCGGCACGCACUCGUGCCACUGCUCCCGCGUUCGUCGUCACUGUCGUCUUCCACAGCUGGCUGCGUUGCCACUCAUAACUCCAGCU